CCCUAAUAAUGGUCAUCCUACUCCUUUCGCAUUGGCCCCCCUCCUUCGAGAACAUGGUAUGACGCGUGCAUGAUGAUGAUGACCACGGCGACUCGCCCCAAUAUACGACGACUGGCCCUUUUUUCGCAAUGCUUGGCAUCUUGCGCAAGCAUUAUCUGCAGCGGGCAUCUUGAGAAACGGGAGAGGCAAAAGAAAGGAAUCCGCCUUGUCAGACAAGGCACGCACCCACGCACGCACUCACGUAGGGACACAAGACACUACAGAGGAGUCGGAGCGAGCGCCGCCGUGCGUUGCUCAAGCACACAUUACUAACUCUAGCACCUCCUCUCUCUCUCUCCUUCUCCCUUUCAGCCGUGGCUUCCGCGGUUUUGUCUGGUUGAGAGAAAAGAGACAAGUGAAGUGAAUGAUCGACCGUGCGUCAAAUAGAUUAAACCUCCCUCUAGCGUGCCUCGUUAGCUCUCUCUCUCUCUCUCUCUCUCUCCCCUCCCCCCCCCC